AUGGCGAAACUUCUCACCAGAGGCAACCAAGGGGCAAACUUUACCAGCUACCCGGCAGACGUCCUUCUUUUCUUCCCCCUCGGCAUAGUUGACAACCGGAGCUGCGGAGAGUUUUACACUCUAGCAUCCCAAGGGAACCUCUCCCUGUUGACCGACGGUUCUGCUCACCGGACCAGCCUCCGAGAUAAUGCACUAGACUGUCUUGGCGUGGCGAAUGCCUCACUCACAAAGGAGCAACUUCAAAGACUCGGGGCUUUUGUGUGCGACAUGGAUCCGGACACCAUCAGAAAUUCUGACCCGGAGAUUCUGGAGAAUCUGAAACUCUGCCCUGAUCUCACCACUUGGCAGCAAUCGGCUCUCAACGCCCUCCUGAGCAGCGGGAAGACUCAGUAUGGGGAACCCGCCUCCUGGGACGAGGGAGUCCUCCAGGCCCUGGGGCCGCUGGCGUUCUACAUGAACCGCACCACUUGGGAGUCGGUUGACAAGGAAGAGAGGAUGGUCUUCUUCAGGAACGUGGCGGAGGCGUACGACAGCCAGAGCCCUUCCCAGAGACAGAAGACUCUCCUCCUCUUAAAAUCCGUGGGGUCCAACUCAGCUUCCCCGGCCAGGAGUAAACGGGCGACGGAAACAGGCUGCCAGUCCGGCCCGAUCACGGCCAGCGCCCUGGAAGACCCGCUCUUCGUCAUCCAGUACGACAGCGUCGAGCAGUUUGAUGCCUGCCUGAGCGACGAGGUUUUGAAGGCCAAGCUGGCCCCUCUGCUCGAGCAGCCCCUACCUGACCACUACCUGGCCGUGAUCAAAAGGAAACUGGACGAGAUUUACCCAGAUGGGAUCCCCGAUGAUCAGCUGAAGCUGCUGAGCUACCUCUCCCGCCUGUACAGCCCAGAGGAGAUCAGCAAGUGGAGAGUGACCUCCGGGGACACCCUUGCCGCAUUGCUGAGCCCGGAUAAUGGGGCCUGGAAGCCGGAUCAGCUCAAGCAGCUGAUUUCGACCUACAUGGAACUGGGGGGCACGCUCACGGGCCCCUUGCUGAGCACACUGGGGGGCGUGAACCUCUGCCUCCUGGAGGCAGGCCAGUUAGGACAAAUCAGCCCAGACUCAGUCAGGCAAGCGGAGAAAUUAGAUAUUUCCUCCUGCUCCCAGGACAAAAAAGACAUCCUGUACGAAAAAGCCCGAGUGGCCUUUGCCGGCCAGGAGGAGACUUCUGCUUAUUAUCCCUUAAUCCAGCCCUACCUAGGUGGAGCACCCGUGGCAGAUCUGAGAAAGCUGGCUAGAUCUCAGGUGGCGAUGGACAUCGAUACCUUCACGAACUUGAAGCCCGAGGAAUUAAAGAAACUGAGCGUGCAGGACGUGAGAGGUUUGCUCGCGGUCCACCUGCUCGACCUGAAAGAUGUUGAAAACCACCCUUCGGUAGCCAUGUGGAUCAAGAGCCACCUUCAGUCCGAGCUGGACACCCUGGGGAUCGGUCUCCAAGGAGGGAUGACGGGCCCCUCCCCAACCAGCCGCACAGAAGUGGGGGGUACCACUGCUGAUGGACCGUCAAUAGCCACCCCCCCAACCAUCCCCACUGCGGCCGCCACCGUGUCUGCCGUGAGCACUGCGGCUAUCUCUGACGCAAACACCGCCACGUUCUCCGACACAAGCACAUUCCCGCCAGUUGCCACCGACUCCUUUACAACUCCCCUCUUCAAAGUCACUCUGGCCGUCGAUGAAACAUCUGCCUCUGCCGAGGCCACCAACACAACUUCCACCGGUAUGCAUUCCGAAGCUGCCGUCCCCACCGACCCGGUAAUGACUGCCAAUGUCACAGCAACUUCAGGGGAUCCUGUUGAUGGGUCUUUGGUUCCCACCACUGCUGUGAACGCCAGUACAACAGCCACCGGUGCCACAUCGGCGUCUCGUGACAUCUCAACCAAUGGCACAAUGCUUGAAGUCGGCGGAGGUGUCGACACAACUACCUCCGUUGACCCCUUAACAGUCUCCACCAAUGUCACAACCAAUGGGAUUAUUUUUCCCUCCGUGGCCACACACAUCAACACAUCAACCUCUGUCGACCCCGCAACGGUCUUCACCAACGUCACAACUGAUGGGACUAGUCUUCCGACCGCUGCCUCACACAUCAACGCAACUACCUCUGUCGACACCACAGUGGUCUUCACAAAUGUCACAAUUGAUGGGAUUAUUUUUCCCUCCGUGGCCACACACAUCAACACAUCAACCUCUGUCGACCCCGCAACAGUCUUCACCAACGUCACAACUGAUGGGACUAGUCUUCCGACCAUUGCCUCGCACAUCAAUGCAACUACCUCUGUUGACACCACAACGGUCCCUACCAAUGUCACAAUCGAUGGGGCUAUUCAGCCGACCGCUGCCUCACAGAUCAAUGCAACGACAUUGGUCAACACCACAGUGGCCUCCACCAACAUCACAACCGAUGGGACUCUUCAGUCAACCGCUGCCUCACACAUCGACACAAUUACAUUUGUCGACACCACAACAGUCUCCACCAACAUCACAACGGAUGGGACUAGUCUUCCAACCAUUGCUUCGCACAUCAACACAACUACCUCUGUCAACACCACAAUGGCUUCGACCAACGUCACAACCAAUGGGCCCAUUCAGCCAACUGUUGCCCCGCGCAUCAAUGCAACUACCUCUGUCAACACCACGGUGCCCUCCACCGACGUCACAACUGCUCGGGCAAUUCUUCCUACCAUUGCCAGGAUCGUUAAUGUCACUAGCACCCCCAAUGCGACCCUUUCCCACACACCAGCUCUCAAUAUCAACCACACGUCCACCGCACCCAACUUGACUGCGACCACAUCUUCUGAAUGGCCACCAGCGCCACCCGUCCCUCUGCCGAACGCCACUGUCCCGGUGUCCCUCAGCACACCCCCAGUAACAAGUGGCAAGAUACCAGCUGCCUCCAGUAGGACUACCGUCCGUAGCUUUGAAACUCCCCACAAAACACCUGCCUCCCCCAGCCCAGACCAACCUCACACCACAAUCGUUGGGACACCUGAGAGGGGAACCACCAGCAGAGCACCACCGAAAACAAAACAGCCCUCGCAUCCGACACCAAAUGGCUACAUCAACGUGAGACCUCUAAGUGCCUCAGCUUCCUCCCCGUCUCUCAGCUGCCUUCUCCUGACGCCGUCCAUUGUCGUUGGACUCUCGGUUCUCAGGGGGCUUUUCUGAGACCACCCAUCGCUGGCGCUCCUCGGCUAGAUGGCCUCUCCCUCUCCCCUCCCCUGCGGUUAUCGGCAACAACCAGCGCGAGAACUUCGGGAUUCUUCAAGGGACACCUGGUCAACCCCCAGCCUCAUCCAGACCACAGGCCGUCUCCGUCUCCGGGCACCUGGCCGCCAACGUUUUGCGGCGCUCCUCCGUCGAACGUGAAGCUGUGUUUCUUCUCCGCCUCCCCUCUGCCAUUCCCUGAGUUU